UGGUUGGAGAGAAGGAGUUAUAGGGAGAGGAAUCUUUUGGAGGGAGGUGGUAAAAUAUAGUAGAAAGUAUAUAUAGGGGGAGUUGGAUGGGGGGAAUGGUUGGAGAAAGCCUUAGGCCUACUUUGGCAGCAGGGAAGCCCAGCGGGAUCCCUGAGUUUUCCCUGGGCCAAAAUCCCAAGUGCCAAUCUUUCCCGAAAAAAUUCCUGGCGCACUUUGGAAGCCCAUCUGCCCAGCCUGGAAGCCCGCUUCCCCUCCUAUUCCACGGGAAAUGAUUCCACAUCUCUGGUGGCCGGGAACGAUUCCACAUCUUGUGACUCGCGAAGCUGCCCCUCCGCCGGGCUCAGCGACUCAGCGCCGCCGCCGCCACCUCGCCAUCCGGCCGCCGCCGCCUCGGCAUCCGGACACCGCCGUUCCUCCAUCGCCUCGGCAUCCUGGCGCCCGCCAACGGUAAGCACACCUCCACCGCCUCCACCGCCGCCGUCUCCCCCGACCGCGCUCACCUGGCGAUCCGACCUCUCCGCUAUGCUCUCGAUCUGGGACUCUGAUACCCACGCGAGUGGCAUACGCCUCGGCGAGGAUGACGAGCUGCGACAUUCUGUGUGCUAGGGUUUCGAUUCUCAUCCUUUCUCUUUCUUGUAGCUCGACGCCCGACUGGAGGCUGAUCCACGCUGCGGCCAUCUCGACGCUCGGCUGGAGACUAAUUCGGACUGCCUGCGCCUGCCACCUGCCGACCGCCGACCGGACCGCGCGCGGCCCAAUCUCCACUGCCCUGUGACUGCCCCCGCUUGGCUCCCUUCCUCGUCCCAAGAUCUAGUGAGUACUUCCUCCCUCCUCCUUGUCCCUCCCGUUUUCUUGCUGGAAAAGAAGCUAGGAAGAACUUCUCUACUUGAUACUUGAGUUCAACCUUCUGAAAUUAGGACAAGACAUGUGAGCAUGUGCCGUAGCUUAUCUUCUCUGUUGUGGUAAAUGAUAAAAUUCUUGCACUCUGUUGCUGCAAGGCCUAUUUAGCUAUCUAUUACAGAUGAAAAGAAAAAGAAAAUGACAAUCCUAAGGAGUGUGUACCCUGCUUGAUUUAUCUAUUUGGCUUUUUUGCUCUAUUUUAUUGCAACUAGUGAUCACUAUGAGUGAGGUACUAGUGAACUGAACUGAUAGAGUGAAUUUGGUUUUUGUAAAUAGAGCAAAAAAGACCUUGAUUAUAGUGAUCACUCUAUCAGCCUAGUUGUGAUCACUAGUUUUGUGUUAUUUCUAGUUGUAUGCAGUUAGUUCAUGAAUGGGAAGAGCCUUAGGUGCCUAUUGGAAUUAGUUCAGGCCUGAGUUGGUUUUGUUUCAUGAAUGUGAAGAGCCUUAGGUGCCUACUGCAGACUGUGUAUUUUUCCUGCAGACUAUCUUGUGUAUUUUUCUGUGGACUAUAUUUCCUGCUGUUUCCAAGCAUUGGAUCUACUUCUGACUUUUUUAGACUUUUAAUAUUUGUUCCUCUACUUGUUUAUAUAUGUAAUAAUAUAAUUUUAUAUAUGUAACACUAGAUGGCUUCAUGGGAGGAGCAUGCUAGGAAUUUUUUAUUGGAAGAGGAAGAAGAUGAUGAGGAGCUAUUCUUUGUUCUUCUCCCUGCUGUAAUGCCUUUUCUAGAUGAAGGAAAAAUACCUGAGCACACCUCUUCUCUUCCUGGUGCUAAAAAGGUUAAAGAGAUUCUCGAAGGGCACGAGAAUUGGUGCAAGCAAGAAUUUAGGAUGGAGGCUGACAUAUUUAGAUCUGUAGCCAACUUUCUUAGGGCAGAGAACUUGCUCCGUGAUACACGUGGUAUGAUUGAGGAGCAGCUUGGCCUGUUUAUGUACAUGCUCUCUCAUAAUGCAAGUACAGAUUCGCUAAAGAAGGUGUUUCAACAUAGCGGUGAGACAGUGCAUAGGAAAAUAAAUGAGUUCUUCGAUAUCAUUCCACUAUUAAUCCAAAAAUUCAUCAAACUCCCGAAUCCAAGCGGUACACACGUGAAGAUUACAUGCGACUCUAGAUUUAUGCCGUUCUUUCUGGUUCGUUCAUACUUACACUACACUUUCCUUAUACCUUUCCUAACCACAAUCCAAAUCUUCACUAGUUUUUCUUACCUGCAGAACUGCAUUGGUGCUAUUGAUGGUACGCAUGUCCCUAUUACAAUUUCACAAGACAAAGGCUAGUCCCUAUAUAAAUAGGAAAGGGACACUAUCACAGAAUGUGAUGUUUGCUUGUGACUUCUACUUGAAGUUCACUUUCAUCUUAGCUGGAUGGGAAGGAUCCGCAUCUGAUGCAGGAGUGUUGCGGUCUGCUCUUGGCAAGGGUUUUACUGUGCCGGAUGGGAAAUUCUAUCUUGUAGACGGUGGAUAUGCAAACACACCAUCAUUCCUUGCCCCCUACCGAGGAGUCAAGUAUAAUCUCAGUGAGUUCAGGAGACGUGGCCGAUAUGCUAACUACAAGGAAUUGUUCAAUCAUCGGCAUGCAAUUCUUUGGAAUCACAUUGAGAGGGCCUUUGGGGUUCUCAAAAAGUGGUUUCCAAUUCUGAAAGUGGGCACACAUUACCCAAUUGAAUGUCAAGUGAAGAUUGCAGCAGCUGCUGCUGUGUUUCACAACAUCAUUAGAGGGUACAAUGGGAGUGAAGAUUGGCUAGACUACCUACCUGAUAAUAUCAACCCAGCAGAUUAUGUCGACUUGCCAGACGGAGACACUAACUACCCAAGUGAGACGGAAUCAAAUGAUGGAAAUGACGUACGAGACCAAAUAGCCCAUUAGAUGUGGGCUACCUACAAUGCGUAGGAUAGUAGUGUUUGAGGGUUAAGCCUAGUGCUACCCUGAUGUAUCUAGUUAACUAUUUACUGUUUCUUGUAAUGUUAAAACAUCAUUUGUUGUAUAGUGUUAAACUGCAUCCUCAAGAAAUCCUGCAGCCCUGCUUGUUUUGCUUCCCAUGUAUAGUUCAGGAAACCUGCUUGUUGAAUUUAGAUUGCAUCAAGUAUAAUAUGUGCUAACAGGACAACUGCAUCUGUUUUCUAACUCUGUCUAACUCCCAUCUCUUGAA